ACUGUUAGUAGUUCACGAGUCACGACUGCUCUAUGUGUGUUUUGUUUUAUAAAAUGCACUGGCGAGAACCAUCAAAGACAUCUCAAUAAAACCAAAACCUCUUUCUCAACUCCCAAAGAGAGGAUCGAUGAGCAGGAGGAACAGGAACGGGCCUAAGCUGGAGCUGAAGCUGAAUCUUUCGCUACCUUCUUCUCAAGGUAACCAGAUGAAUCUGGUUCGAUCUCCAAGUCGUUCCAACACAACUUCACCGAACUCAUGCGUUUCCUCUGAAACGAUGCAGGAGGAGAUGGAGACAACAACUUCAAUGGUUCUUGUCGGCUGCCCUCGUUGCCUUAUGUACGUUAUGCUCUCUCAAGAUGACCCAAAGUGCCCAAAAUGCAAAAGCACCGUCCUACUCGAUUUCCUCCAGCAAAACGCCUCCGCGGCUACAACCGCCCCCGCCGCCACCACUAAACGCAAGAAGACCUGGUGGAACUGAGUUGCUUAAACCAACCCCUUUUUAAAAAUAACCGAAAUAUUUCAACAGCCUAUAGACUGAUCCAACCGCAUUUGUUGAUCUGUCAUUUCUUUUGCUUCUUCUAGUAGUUGAUUUGUCUUAAGAGUAGUGCUAAUCACGCUCCACGUUUAGACCAAACUUGAAGUGGAGCGCGAAUAGCACUAAAUUUGCUUUUAGAUUAAAAAUAUGAAUUUUGUAGAACAAAUGAUGCUAUUGCUAUGGCUCAGUAUGAUAAAAUAUGUGUUGUUGUUUUUUUCUCCAUAUGUAUUUAUUCCGAGACUCUUAUAAUUCA